AUUCCAUGAUGUGAGUGGGAGUGAGAGAUAGCCAACAAUAGUACGCAUAAACAGAGGUAGUGCAUAGACCUAGCUAGCUAAGAGGGUGGUGAGUUUCACAUUCACAUAGAUACAUACAUCUUAUUUUUUCAUUGGGAAGGAAAACUCUGAGUUAAGUUGCAGAGACACACGUUAACCCUGUGUGAAGCCUCUGUGUCUCCACCUGCAUUAUUCAACACACAGUAACAGCACUGGUAGUAGUAGUAGUAGUGUUUGUUUGAGAGAGAGAGAGAGAGAGACAACAAGCAACACUGUUGAUGCACAGAAGGAAGAAGAUAGACUACACAAUCCCAAGGGAGGACUGAUCUGAAUCUGAAUCUGAUUCCCACCAUUUACUUUUUACAGGCUAUAGAGCCAAGAGCCCAAAAAUCCCUAUUGUUCUGACUGACUAUCCAUUUAGGUUCUUUGGAGUUUUCUACAAAUAAAGAACUCAGCCUCAUUUCCGGGAGUACUCUCUGGACAAUUAUAUGCAGUGCUCUUUUUGAGAAAAACAGUGUUAGGUGGGGACUAGCUACUAGGAACAACUGAUCCAAGCCAAAGGGGGUUUGGAGGGAACAGUUGCAGUGAGCUUUCUGAGAUGGACAUGACGAACAUGGAAACUAAUAGGAAGUUUCUUUCUCUGCCUCUCAGUAACAACAACAACUCUGGUGAUAAUAGAAGGGUACCUGUCACUAGCAAUAGCAUCGCUCAGGAACAUCACUACAGCCACCACCACAACCCCACCGACACUUGCAGUGUGAGGGAUAAAAUCAUGGCACAUCCUCUUUUUCCUCGUCUCUUAUCCUCUUACCUCAAUUGCCUCAAGGUUGGAGCACCUCCUGAAGUGGUGGCUAGCUUAGAGGAGUCAUAUGCAAAAUAUGAGUCCUUCAAUGCAUCAUCAGGAAGGAUAGGAGGUGGUUCAAUAGGUGAAGAUCCAGCUCUGGACCAGUUCAUGGAGGCUUACUGUGAGAUGCUCAUUAAGUAUGAGCAAGAGCUUACAAAACCCUUCAAAGAAGCCAUGCUUUUCUUCUCAAGAAUUGAGUGCCAGCUCAAAGCCCUAGCAGUUUCAUCAGAUUUUGGUCAAAGUGAAACAUCUUCAAAGAAUGAGGUUGAUGUUCAUGAAAACAACCUAGAUUCUCAAGCUGAAGACCGGGAACUCAAAGUCCAGCUUUUGCGCAAGUAUAGUGGAUAUCUAGGGAGCCUCAAGAAGGAAUUUUUGAAGAAGAAAAAGAAUGGAAAGUUGCCAAAGGAAGCUCGGCAACAGCUACUUGAUUGGUGGAACAGGCAUUAUAAAUGGCCAUACCCUUCGGAAUCUCAAAAGCAGGCACUUGCAGAAUCCACAGGCCUAGAUAUGAAACAGAUCAACAACUGGUUCAUCAAUCAGAGAAAACGCCAUUGGAAGCCUUCUGAGGAUAUGCAAUUUGCCGUGAUGGAUGCAACUAACUACUACAUGGAAAAUGUUAUGUGCAAGCCAUUUCCCAUGGAUAGCAUGCCUAUGCUUCUUUAACUCAAUCCUCUACCACUAGAAUAUCCAAAAGCUGAGCCGAAAACCCUAUCUUUUUUUAAGUUGCCUAGGUACCCAAGUUGCUAUAAUGUCAUUGAUGCAUGUUUUACUUUAAAAUUGUAGAAAGCAGGAUGAAAAUUCUACCUUAUUAUCCCUGAACUGCAAUCUGUAACUCUAAGUGAGCGGGAAUCUAACUAGCUAUAUACUCUAUUAUCUACACUGUUUGUGCAGAUCACUAGAGAUGUCGUGUAUGUGUAGUUUCCUAAUUUAAUGAAUAUAAUUUGUUUUAAUACA